CCGAUCUCUGUGUAGACCAAGACGCCAAUUGUCAAUCGAUUUCCACAGAGAGGAAGAAAAUUGUUGAUCUUUUUUACGGUGGUGAUACACAGUAAUAAGCACCAAGUUUCUGUCGGCCAGCCAGAGCGGUGUACGCAUGGAUGUCCAUCAUGAUAGACGGCGACAAGUGACAACGGCGGUGUCCGUUUGUCCUCAUGCGCGUCGGGCCUGGCCCCAGGUGUCGGUAAGUAAGCCCUGGCUGCAGACCUAAACAUAGAGACACCAAAACCGAAAACGGCAAUUUUCAACGAGCGAUUCGAAUUCCAUGGUCCAUCUGACCUGACCAAGACUGUGUGUUGACUUGACUGGAAGGCUGGGGAAUAGGUAGUCAAGCAUGCACGCAAUAUAUGAUUCAGAUGCCACACCACCAUUUGUCUGGCCCGGCAGACGGGCAGCUGCACCAAAAGCCAGAUGCCAGCCCUAUUCCCAUACCCGUUGCUUUGGCUUGUGGCUUCAUUCACAUUACGCAGAUGCUGCUGUGUUAUGAUUGCGAGGUCUAUACUUCCCACAUGACACUCUGCGUGCUAUUGGUUGCCGGAACCUUGUUUUUGUUUCAACUCGCUCUGUUUGGAGGAGUCAUUUCGGCCAUUAUUUUUCGACUUAAGCCUGCGCGAUAUUGGCCUACCACCAACCCCAACAUCGGGGCCCAUGUCAUUCUGACCAUUGCAAUCCAUUGCUGGCCCAAAUUCAGCAAGGGCCGGUCAUGCACGUUGGUUCAAGGCUUACUGUCAUGUGGCCCUGCAUCGUAUGUUUGAAAGCUGUUGCUCAGCUACCUUUUCCGGAGCAUCCUGUGCACCUAGUAAAUGAAGACUAUUCCAUCAUUCCCAUGGCCCUGAAUUUGGAGUGGACGCAACGCCGCCAUGCAAAUUGCAUUCAUUACCUAAGGUGGCCGCGCCCGCAGAAGUUAUCGGAACGUUCGCCUCAUCUACCGCAACAGGGUCCUACCCGACAUGCCUAACCCAGGUAAGAAAAAAGGUACACAGGAACAAGUUCCCUAUACUACCUCACUGCUUGUAUAUUACGUGCCUGCCUGCGGGACAUAGCUUGAUG